GACGGCUCCACAUCAAAGAAUCUCUAAGGAGAUAUUCUUUGUCCACACGCGUCGAAAAGGAAGAGAAGGGCUUAGAAGAAAAGAGAGGGCUGACCAAAGAAUAUACAUAGACUUUCUUUGGGCUGACGAAGUGUACGUCGCGGUGUCACCAAGGUGGUAAGAAUACGACAGUAUUUAACUACCGAAGUUGUUUAUUUUUAAAUAUAAUUUCCGCCUUCUCGGGUUCUUACAAAGGAUGAUUUUACGAUAUAUGGAAAAACACCUAGACUUAGUUCAAGCAAAAUUAACUAAAUUUACAGCUCAAAUGAAGCGAGAAAUGUGGGAAGAACUGGCAUAUAUUUUAAAUGCACAUGGUACGUGUGUAAAGACUGUGGAAAAGUGGCAUUGCUGGAUAUGUCUGUAUAGAUUAGAAAGCCGUUGAUCUGAUGACCGAGUCCUGUAAAGCAAGGAUGGUUAUAUACAGGAGCAAGUGCAAAGAAUGAUGGUGCUCAAAAUACAGAGUCGUAGCUAGGGUUUUCAGCACCCAGGGACAACUGAAGAUUUCGCGCCCCCUACUGCUUGCCAAGGAUGGAAAACAUUUAAUUCUAAAAUGUCGUAACAUCAGUUUGGCGCUCCUUGGAUUCUGCGCCCGAGUACAGAUGUCCCCCCUUGCCCCACUCUAGCUACGUCCCUGUCAAAAUAUGUUAGGAAUAUUCUGCAAAGAGGAUGCUGAUAUCAGAAGACUUUUAUAGAUUGGAAAGGGGCUAUCAAGAAAAAAGCAGCCGAGAUUGAAGCAGGAGAAAAACUGACUAGAGGAAGACCAGCAUGCUAUAAGGAACUUGGCAACUGUGAAAUGACACUUAUUAAUUUAAUUAACAGGACAAAUAAUGCUAAAACAGCAGCAGUUAAGGAGGCAAAUGCAGAAAAUCUUAUGUUUUCAGGAAUACUAAUCAACCAUAUGUACUCAAAGGGCAUUCCUGCCAUGGAAAAACCUGUACAGAUGAACUGGAAAUCUCCCUCAGAGAUCGAUUCAACAAAUAUUUUGGAAGCACAGAUAAAGCCGAAACCAGUUGAUGUUGUGAAUUUAACUGAUAACAUGACUGAAGAUGGGCUUAUACAGAAAUUCAUGGAACCUACUUUAGAACCUGCUUUGGUAAAUGUUUUGGAAGAACAAGCCAAGCUGGAACAAACUCAUAUCUCUAAUAAAAAUUUAACACCAAUAAUACAUAAAGUUACUAAUGGCACCUUAGCUACAAAUGAAACUCUACAAAAGAACUUAAAACCUAUCUUAUAUAAUGCUUUAGGAAAUAUUUCAAAAGGAAAAAUGGUAUUAAUACACACUGGUGCCCUUGGUUAAAAAUACAAAACAAGUAGUAUAUGCAGUUAUUAGUAACCAACCAACUGGAAAAAUUCUUUACAACAAAACCUAAAACUUACUCCACUGUGUGCUUUAACUGGUUCUUUUCAUACACACAUGAAGUUGAGGCUAAUAGAUACUUCAAGGAAAAAUUCAAAAAAGAUGGCUUUUAAAGUUAAAAGUGAAAAUUCAUUUGUAAAAGAGCUUCCAUGGAAGAAACUAAAAACUGGUCCCCAGACUGUUUUGACUAAUGCUUUGAGGGUGGAGCAUAAAAUUUUAUAUAGAAUGACACAAGCCAUUACUAAUAACAACCUACACCCUCUACGAAAGAAACUGAAACUUUCUUCAGUGACUGCUUUAAAAAGUGUUGUGGAAGCACAAACAAAGAAAAACAAAUGGAUACCUUGAAUGAAAAUUUAGAAGAAAUGACACACGGUGUUACAGGACUGACAAAAGCUAUUACAGAUUCCUGCCAAUUAAUAUUUGCAGCCUUAAACAAAAAUUAUAUGGAUGAAUAAAAAGGCUUUUUUUAAAAAAAAAA